GGGAGUCAUACGUCAUCAAUAGGCGUCUGAGCAGAGGGAGGUGAGCCAUGAAUUCUGUAGCAUGGUACACCGUGCUGCUAUAAUGUGACCUGUCCUAAUACAGCUUUACAGGCUGAGUCCGGCACACCACGGGUGACCACAGCCAGAUCACCUGCUGUUGCAGAACUGUAACUCCCAUGAUGCUCUAACAGCAUUAAGGUUGACAUGUGAUUUGUUGUUUGCAACAGCCUGGGAUCAGACACUUUGGUCCUCCAUGUUCUAGUCAUGUAGUAUCUGUGACAUAAGGCAGAUUACUAUUUAUUACUGGUAUUGUGAACGGUAUAGCCUUUGCCUGUAUGUAUUUAGGUAAUGCCAUGUGGCUGUGUGUGCCUUUUCUUGCCUUCCAUAUCCAGUAGUCAGUUUUUGCAUGUAAACCAUACGAUGGGUUUGCAUUUAAGAGAACAAUAAAGAGUUCAUUCCUGAUAACACACCCUUUAAUUAUAUUUAGUAAGGUUUUUAUUAAAAUUUAUAACGCCAAACAAUGUGUAAAUACAAACUAAAGUGAAACGCAAAAUUACAUCAAAGGGAGUUUAUAUAUUCUUCCAGAAAAGCUGUAUUACCCAGGACUUAUCUGAACCCUUGCACAAUGUCACAAAGAACAAGGAUAGAUACUGCAAAAAUAUAAAUAACUCAUAGGACAAUACACACUCAAACAGAUGAAACCUGCCUACAACAUUACACUCACAAGGAAGGGGAAAUUAAAGGCCUAUCAUCAUCUCCAUGUACACUGGAAGCAGCACUUUUCAUAAAUACAUAAACUGAAGACCGUUUAUGCAUACAUGAAAAGUGCCAACUCUAGUGUACAUGGAUAUGGCAAUAGGCUUUUAAUUACUACUCCCUUGUGAGUACAUUUUGUAAACAGAUUUGGUCUGUUGCCCUGUGAGAUACAUAUAUAUUUUUUUGCAGGAUCUUUCCUUGUUCUUUGUUUUAUUAAAAUGUGUGUGUUAUGCUAACAGAACUUGAAAAUAUUAGCAUAAUGACAGGAAAGAGGAUUCUGUAAUAGCACCAUUCACUAAAUUCCAUAUACCAAUUGCAGAACUUUAGGCAAAAUAUUUGAUUUUGAAAUAUUCUCCAGUGAUCACAGCUGGGCUAUUUGGUUUGCUAAAUUUUGCAUUUUAAUAUUCUGUCUUAUGUAAUUUGUUGUUUAGUAAUGUUAAAGACACUUUAUAUUUCUACAUGCCCAGUUAUAUAAAUAUAAAGUAUAGAUAUGUUUCCCUUUUCACCGAAUUGAACAAAAUACAAUAAGAAUAAAUCCAGACAAAAAAAAAAAAAAAACAUGCAAAAUGAAUGCCAAAAUGAUUACAACAGGUAACACAAACCUUUAGAAGUUAGAUAUUUACCAACCUGAUUUGUGUCUACAUUUCUAUUAUGCUUGUAUAAAUGUAACCUGACUUAUUAAUUUGUAGUUUAUUUUUGGCGUUGGAAAAUGUAGAAUACUCUUCCCCAUAUCUUUUCUUUGUCCCACUAACAUUGUAGGUUUCUUUAUAUGCUCACAUGCCACAGGUGGAGCAAACAAUCAUUGUCUCUGUUUCUUGUCUGAUCCACCUGUGACUGAAAUUAGAAGCUUAACCUCUUCCCAAUAUUAGGACAUACCAUGCUGUCCUCAACAGAGUGAGCUUUAAAGGACCACUAUAGUGCAUUUACAAUGCUUUCCUAUGGACGCUUGCGUGCUCUCACUGUGAAAAUCACAGUGAGAAGCACGCAAGCGCCUCUAGUGGCUGUCAAUGAGACAGCCACUAGAGGAUUAGGGGGAAGGCUUAACCCAUUCAUAAUUAUAGCAGUUUCUCUGAAACUGUUAUAAUUAUGAAAAAAUGGGUUAACCCUAGAAGGACCUGGCACCCAGACCACUUCAUUAAGCUGGAGUGGUCUGGGUGCCUAGAGUGGUCCUUUAACACUGUUAGAACAGCAUGGAAUGUCCUGCAGUUUUGAUGUGAGCAGUGUUAUAUCCCUGCUCACACCAGGGAGUCCCAGGUAUCAGUUGAAACUUGGGCUCCCCUCUGUCAGCUGGGGCCUUUUUAUAGGCCCCAGACUGACAGGUGAGCUGUAUGCAGCUCUCUAGAUGGGCAUUUAAAUACCCAUAGGCUGGGGUACCCAUACGGCUCUUUAAAUCCUUUGAGAACACUACUUAUUGUAUUGCUUACGGAUUGUGCUCAGCUGCAAUGAUUCUAUGGCCGAUAGUGGUCAGUGUUGGGCUUUACCAGCAGCUCAGCACUGAUCACAGUGUAAUCAGCUGGAAAAAAACAUGCUUUUCUCAGUAAUACACGAAAAUGUUCCUGUAACACUGGGAAAAAAAGCCAGUAGAUGGCGGCCAGAUACCACACUCUGCUGUUUUAACUAGAAAAAAACCCAUCUACUUAUAUUAAUACUGAUAUUAACAGAGGGCUUCCUUAACCCCUUAAGGACACAUGCCAUGUGUGACAUGUCAUGAUUCCCUUUUAUUCCAGAAGUUUGGUCCUUAAGGGGUUAAGGGUAGGGUAAGGUUUGUGUUAACGCUGUUUAAGGGUUAGGGAUAGUGUAGUAUUAAGGGUAAAGUUAGGGUGGGUAUAUGGUUAGUGUUGGUGUCAGCAUAAAAUUGGUGUCCGCAUAUAAAGUUGGUGUUAGCAUAAAAUAUGCAGUAUGGUUGGUAUAGCAUUGAGAGUCCUUACUACCAGAAAUGAAUUUAGGUCCUAGGUGUAUUAGACAUUUGACAAUCAGGACUGAUAUGUGAAUUUAUUUUUGGUUCUUUUUAUUUAGUUUUGUUUAGCAGUGGAUAUGUGUUCUGUGCAAAUUAAUUACAAAAUUAAGUCUUGUCAGUGUGCACAGGCAAUAGAUGUAAUGAGCUUGUUUCUUCUUUCAUUUACGUUCCCCUGCUGCCCCAACCUCUCUAACCUUAAUGGGAUUUUAAAAAAAUAUAUAUUUCUUCCCUCCCUCUCUGACUACUCCCUCCCCCUACCAGCUCAGAACAAGUGCACGCGCUCUCUGCUGGUGAGAACGGUCCAUUCAAAUGCUUCUGGGAAUGCUUUUUGGGAAGCAUUUAAUUGCACCUUGUGACUACUGCGAUGACAGAGUUCACAUGGAAACCAGUCUGGGGAGCUGCACCCAGUGCUGGAUUCCAGGUGAACUAAUGUUGUUAUGACAGGGUUUUACGUGUGUUAGACCCAAUAGUAAAAAAAGGUGAUUAAUUAAAAAGGAUUACAAGGACACUAUAGUCACAAGGACAACUACAACUUAAUGUAGUUGUUUUGGUGUAUAGUAUGUCCCUUCAGGCUUUUUAAUGUAAACAUUGCCUUUUCAUUACUGCCUAGUAACACCUAUGUCCAGCACUUAUGUUCAGCGUCUCCACACUGUGGAUGGAGGAGCUGAAGUUCCCCAAAGAGAUAUACUGAUUGGCACAGUGUGGCGUGUUGUGCAUUAUCCUCCCAAUGGUUUUCCCACAUGUUUGAUCUCCGCUAAGGAGGUGGAGCGAGGCUAGACACAAAAAUAGACCAGAGCGGCGCUGGAAUGAAGGUGGGUGAAAUCACUUUCACUUAGCUGACUCGUAGGCUUGGUGAUAAACUAGGUGGUUUUCACAGCUAUUGAUACAUGUUUGUAUUUCUAUCACUAUAAUGUUCCUUUAAAGGGCCUACUGAGUUUAUAGGCUAGAUAUCAGAUCUGUAUGUUACUCUCUCUGUUGUUCAAGAGCACUCUAUCUUUACCAGCAGAUAUUGCAAAAUAAGCUGCAUAUUGUUAAAACUUUCUCAGAUUAAGAAACAUAGACCAGUUCUCCCAGUUAUGAUUGCAUAGUGUGAAAACUAGAUUCAGAUAUUUUUUAUGUGUUUAAAUAACCAUCUCUUAAUCAAGAACAAACAAUUGUGUUUAUAAUUACAAUACAUAUAUAUUUUUUUAAUACAUUUUAGUAGAGAAUAAGACAAUAUGUCUGCAAAUCGGCCUACUGGAGGAGGAGACCAGAUUAAAUCGGUCCAGGCAGGAAAUGGGGCAGUACAUUUUGGACAGGUGAGUGGAAGAAGCUUGCAGAGUGUUUGCGUGUAUAAAAUGUUUAUAGAUAGUUAUGCCCAGGGCUUGCCUAGACAUUGUGCUGCCUAGGCCCAAGAGCAAGAUACUGCCCCACCCACCAAAACUUAAUCCAAAGUAAACACCCACACAAUAUCUCCCCCACAUUUAUUAUAACAUUAGAUAAAGCUUUUCAUAAUGCACUUUCCACCACAGAGGGUUAUUCACUUAACUCAAAAUGUUAUUGAAUAAACACGCAAAUUGCAAAAUUUAAGGCUAAAAUUUCACUGGUGGCUAUCAUUUCUCCAAAUCCGGUAUGUUUCCUAAAUUGGAGAUUGCAUUUUCCUUGGACUAAGUCUCCUGUGCUGCCUUUUUUUUUACAUUAUGUACCACCUGUGUCCAAGGGAUGCAACCUGACUCCUUAAAGGGAUACGCUAAGCACCAAAACAUCUUUAGGUUAAUGAAGCAGUUUUGGUGUACAGUUCAUGCCCUUGAAGACUCAAUUCUCUGCCAUUUUAGAAAUCAGUUUGUUUAUGUAGCCCUAGGCACAACUGCCCUGGUUUAGAGUCACACAAUCUCUGUACAGACUUAUUGGAACAAAAGUUUAGUUUCCCUAAUAGCUUAAUGUGCUUAAUUUAGAAUGUAUUAUCUCUUAAAGUUUGUAACCGACUAGAGCUUGCAAGUGCCUUCUUUGUGUGAUUAAAGAUUAAUUAACAGAGCAGGAGAUCAAAACUUAUUCUAAUUUUUUUAAUGAAGGUUGUUAGUCAUAGCCAGGGGAGGUGUGGCUAUGGUACAGAAACAAGUGAUUUCACUUGUGUAUGGCAGAGAAUUGAGAUAGACUGCAUGAACAAGGUCUAUACACCAAAACUGCUUUAACAAGCAAAAGUUGUUUUGGUGCCUACUAUUUUAUUUUAAUGGCUGUCUCUGGAUAUGCUUGGUAACACUCUGCAAUUGAUUUUGCUAUUCACUAACAAAAAAAAAAGUUUAUUUUUAGUCAUAUUCCCUACGUUACUGAUUUGUUCUAGACUAGAAGAAUAUAAGGUGUAAGCAGAGGCAGCUUUUUAUAGUAAGCCUUUAAUUAUUAGACUACUGAGACACUGACUUGUCAAAGUAUCUUUUUAUACAUAAACCUCAGAAUGGGGAGAAUUUAGGUACCUUAUGAUCUAAAAUAGCAACAACAGUAUAUAACUGUAUGAGUAAAUAUUGUAAAGGAGCAUAAGACAAAUGCACACUCACACUUUUUAGAGCUAUAUGCACUUGGCUCUAGUGGGAAGAGUGUUUGGGUCUGUGGAGGCGAUCCUUCCCUUCUUUAUGUAGGGGUUCCUAGAUGUGAUCUCAAGAGAGAUAUGGACAUAGGGUACUACAGUAUAGGUAGGUAUCUUCCAAUAGUAAGACAAGUGGAUACUCACAAAAGUGGAGCCAAUUCCAGGCUCUAUAGGCAGCGCAGUGUGUGGCUAUAGGGCCACACUACCUUCUUUUUAAAAGCAGGAACGAAGGUAUCAAAUUAAAAUUUAUUAACUAUAACAAUAAAUGUAAGGAAUAUAAAAAGUAAAUCAAUAUAUAACGUUCUCUGUUGCCAAGGAUGCAUUUCUCCACAAUCUGGGCUUCCUCAGCUAGGCAAUCCAAAGAGAGAGACACUAAAUAACAUAGUGCGAUAUUGCCAGUAUAUAUAAUAUGUAGAUGAUAUGGAAAUCAGGUACUCACAAGCCUGGAGCCAAAUUGUAACAUAUGGCUUUCAUGAGUAGCGCAGUGGUACUUUUCAUCAGGAUGUCCCUGUCCCUUUUCCCAGGUGACCUUGUAUUUUUCUCCAGAUGAAUGAGGUAGAAUUGCACAGGCUAGGUAUUCUUUCAAAAGAGAACUUUAUUGAUCCAGAUUUGGAGUUAAAGAAUAGCGCAAAAAUCAACUACUAAAAACCAAUAAAAUCAGCUCCAAUAAAUAAAAUCAAAUAGUGGGGCUCAAUCAGUACUAUAGAGUCCUGCCAAUUUGCUAUAAUGUCCAAAGGUGUCCGAAACGCGUCUUGCCCCGUACCAGGGGCUUCUUCAGUCGGUAGAAAGUGUCUGUGUGCUGCUCGGCGUCCUUUUAAAUCCCCCAGUGUGUAUACUUCCGUGUUCGGCUGUCGCACGUUGGAACGCACUCUGCGUUCCAAUUCAGGCGCCAUGCGUUCCAUUUCCGGGUUGCGUUGCUUGUGCCGACUUUUUUUCCGUAGUUUAGAGAUCACUGGCGGCGAUUUCAAUCUUUACAAAUAUUUUAACCCCAUCAAUGGUUUAGGGGACAAAAAAGUAUUAUAACCCCAUGAAUGGUUUAGGGGACAGUUAGACUCAUCUCUUAUGUUCUAAAUUCAGAGUAAUGAACAGUAGGUCAACAUAAGUCUACAUAGACAGUAAUCAUUAAUAUUAUAUUAAUAAUAAGAAUUUUUUUUUAUUUUUUUUAAAUAAACAUCAUUUUAAUAAAUACAUAUCAUUUGUGAUUUCUUGGGAGCAUGUCAACAAUAAACAUCAUUCCAUUUAUGGUUUCUUAAGAGCAAAGUGAGAUAUCUUUCUAAUAAUGAGGGCUCAUAUACUUAAAGUUGUAUUUCAGCUGUUAGAACUUUAUUUUACAAUUUACAAUAAGGUUAAGAAAAAUCCAGAGAUCUGUGGUCUCUCAAGAUAUCUUUCUAAUAGUGAGUGCUAUUUCUCAUUUAAGUCUCGGUAGAUAGUAGAAUGAAUAAUCCAAAUCAUUAAGCUAACCUUUUUCUGAAGAGGGGAUAUUUAAAGUGACGGAAUGUGUUAUAACAGUAAUGGCAUGAUCUUAAAAACUUUAUUUUUUAUAUGAAAAUCAUGUAUAAAAUAACUUUAAAAAACUAAGUGUAGUGGAAAAAAAAGGGGGGAAUAGAAGGGAAAGAAAGUGCAUUUUGUGCAAGUGAGUACCUGAUUUCCAUAUCAUCUACAUAUUAUAUAUACUGGCAAUAUUGCACUAUAUUAUUUUGUGUCUUUUUUUUAGAUACAUCAAGACGUGUGAUCCACCUACUGUAUUGUACGUUUUGUAUUUUAUAGAGUGGUGUAAGGGGUUUCCACUCAGGUGGUCUGUAGCAUCUUGUGCCACCACACUCAUCCGCUCCUAUCACUGUAUAUAUUCCUUUAUUUUAAUCCAAAGAGAAAGUUAGUAGGUCCUUCAUCCUACGGCAAACGGAACUAUAGUGUUAGGAAUACAGGUUUGUAUUCUUUAAACUAUAGAAUCCCUUUAUAUUAUGUAACCCGCCUGCUACAUGAUAAAGCAAUACAGAUUGUGGACUUGCCAUUUUCUGAUAAUACACCAAGAUAUAUACAUUAUCAAGUUGGCCAAUAACAUAGAGCUCUUGUACUGACAUUUCCUACAUCUCCUUUCCCAAGGGCUUCCACUCCUAUUCCUUGUGAUGUGGAUAUUGUGCAUGGUCAAGCCUGUUUAGAUGAGCAGAAAUGCAUAAGCAUAACUUAAGACCUAAUUUGUCUUUCAUGAAUGAAGCUAUUCACAAGUGCUGAAUAUUGGAUAAAACCCAACUGAACAUUGGUUACUGGAUACACAUAAUGUUGCCACUGAAAGCAGUAGGGGAUUUAGGAUUUGUUGGGUGAACACUUCCAAGUCCCUGCAAAAGCUGCAGUUUUUAAUCAAGUAUGGGGAAUUUGAAAAUCGAUUUGUGCUUGUAAGAUGGGUUAGAUACAGCCUUCUUAUGUGAAUCAUGCUUUUAUUGCAGCAUCAGUACACUGCUGAAGAAUACCAAGCUGUCCAGAAUGCUCUGCGUCAGAAGCUGGGUCCUGAAUACAUCAGCAGCAGACAGGCAGGAGGAGGACAGAAGGUAGGACAUGGCAUCCUGACAGCUUUUUAAAGCAGUGAGUGAUCAUCUAAAUCAACAGUUGAACAUAUAUUCUUGGAUAUGUACAGUCCACUGGUAGGGAAUGACCAUGGAUCUAAGGGAGAAAUUAGUUUCUCUGUACUAGGUAAGAACAAAUGAUGGAACAGAGGGAAAGGUAAGAGGGGUCUAUUUUUGGAAGAAUUCAUUUUACUUUACAAAGUUGUGCAAAUUCAGACCAACACCAUCUAUAAAAAAGAUGGGAGUGAGAGGUUUACUAUACAUAUUUUUAAGUUGUCAGGCUGCUGUACAAAUUAGACAAUUUGGUAAUGGAGGCCUCACUGCUUUCAUAAUUUUUGUGUUGGCUCAGAAAUGUAUCCAAUUAAACUCUGAGAUUCAUUCAGUUUACUACAUGUCGUGUUAUUAAUGGAACACUCUCUCUAAGCAGCUUAACCACUACAACAUAGGUUGAUAAUGGCUGUGUUGUCAGACAAAAUGUUGCACAUAUAUAUAUUUUUUUUUUAAUUUUUUUUACUUGUGGCACUAAAAUAAAUGGACACUGACCAAUGGUUAUUCUGGGUGAGCUCCAGAGAUUGUGUAUGGAGAUGAGAGAAAUGUGUGGAAGGAUAACCAUCACUGCAACACUCCACCAAUCUAACCUCUAUAACAGACUGGCGAGAUUGAAACCUCUCCGCACUGCAACGUACAUGAAAGAACGCUUGGACUUUGCAAAUAAGCAUCUAAAGUACUCUGUGUGUGAGAAACUCAGAGCUUAUGAAAUAUAGUUUGGCCUUAAUUAAAAACUUCAUGUAUGAAGGAAAUCAGGAACUGCUUAUCACCUGGGCAAUGUAGCGUGGCGGUGGUAGCAUCGUGCUUUGGUGGUAUUUUUUAGCAGCAUGGACUUGGAGACUGAUCAGUGUUGAAAGGAAGCUUAAUGCAGCAAAAUACAGAGAUAUCCUGGUCCAGAGUGCUCAGGACAUCAUUCUGGGUUGAAGGUUCACCUUCCAACAGGACAAUCUCCUUAAGCACACAACCAAGACAAUGCAAAAGUGGCACAUAUGUGAAUGUCCUUGAGUGGUCCAGCCAGAGCUGGGACUUGGACUUAAACUCUGGAGAAACCCCAAAUUGGAUUGUCCCUAUCCGAUCUGCAGAGAAGAAUGGAAGAAACUACCCAAAUUUGUGCCAAGCUUGUUGCCUCAUACACGGAAAGUCUUCAGCUGUAAUAGCUGUUAAAAGUUAACUAAGUACUGAGUUAAGGGUCGGAAUCCUUAUUUCAAUUUGAUAUAUCAGUUAAUUCUGUUUUUAUUUUCAAUGCUGUCAAAAUGUAAUCUUAACUUUGUCAUUAUGGGGUAUUGAGUGUAGACUGAUCUGAGAAAAAAACUAAUAAUUGAAACAAUUGUAGCAUUAGGCAUAAAAAUUUGAAAAACAAACAAAAAUGUGGUUUAUAUACUUUCUGAAUACACUGUAGAUCACAAAUUGUUAGAACUACUGAAUACCCUGUCCUAAAUCCAUGUCUUACUACUUUGUACAGCUGUUAAAACUGAUAAAUUUGCAUUAAAGGGACACUGUAACCACCAUAACCACGACCGCCUAAUACAGUAGUUAUGCACCAUAGAGACUGUCCCUGCAGCCUCCGCUAUGUAAGCACUACUUUUUUUUUCUGAGAGCCUCUGGUGGUUGUCACUCUUACAAAACCUAGACGGGUUUCCUGGGUUUGGUCCUACAAAGAUUGCAGGAACAACUUUUUUUUUUUUUUUUUUUUUACAAUCCAAAUGCACACGUGUAUUUGAUAUGCAGAACAUAACAGUUUAAGAUCUUCUCAGCUAGGGUUACACAUGUUUGAACAGAAAAGGCAAGUUUUCAUGCAAUGCAUAUCAAAUAAUAUUCAAAGUGUCAUGUUUGAAUCAAUAAAGACAUUAGUAUGAAUGUACUUGCAUACAUCCAAUUCCCUUAUUGCCAGCCAAGUCCGGUUUGUUCAACACAGACAAAAAGGUGUAUGAGAUGUACACAGGUAUGGAAGAUGAAAUAGAUACCAGAUUACUAUUUGUAUUUUCAGCUAUUUUUGGAAUACAUCCACACACACUGGUUUCUUCUACACCAGGUUGUCAUGAUAAUCAGAUACUAUUUUUUUUUUUUUUUAAUUCUUUAUUUGGGAUGUGGCAGCAUAUCAAUGAAGUCAACAAUUUUCAAGAUGGUCACAUUUUUCAGGCAAUAUUCAGUGUCUGAAUAUUUCAAAACUUGACACACAAAAUAACAUAACCGUUGUUGUCCCAGCUAUAGAACCUUAAACGAUAUAUAAUAUAUAUUCAUGUUAUGCAUCUCCCCUCUCUUCCCCUCAUACAUUCUCUUCCUCGUCAACGCCUACUGUCACGCAUCUCAGCACCCAGUACUGGGGUCGUUCACUAUCCCAAAUGCCUGGUCCCCAUAUGUUAUCAGACUGCUCUCUAUCCUUGAGUUAGUCAUGUACCCACUCAUAUUCACAAGUCCCAAUCUAUACCAUUCGUACGACUCUUUUAUGUGUUUUGGCAACAUUCUGUAUAUAUAAUCCGUCUCUUUAGCUGCUCAAUAAGGAGACAGAAUUUAUUCACUAGGCCUGUGUUGCUCCAUAGAGUAUCUGUUAGUCUCUGCUAAAUAGGUAACAUAUAUGGGUACGCAAUGUCAUCUGAACCUCCAAGAGCUGUUAUAUGAACCAACAUGCGGUGUAGUUUAAGUCUAAAGUAUGUCAUCUACCCUCUCCCCUGUACAUGCUGUGGUCCUCACUUUCACACUUGCUUACCCCCGUUCACUCGUCACUCGUACUUCCCGGUCAUUCCUCGUGUCUCAGAAAAAGGGCAAUGUAGCAAAAGUAUUGGGCAUGAGGUGCUAAACGCACAAUAACAAUUGAUAAGUCUCGGAGUAAAAAAGAAAAAGAGGGGGGGAAAAAAUGGGAAAUUAAAAAUUUUGAUACUUGAAGGUCUGUAAUGGGCUUAGUUCUCUCAAGGGCCUCCACUAUGCCCGGUGGGUAAGCCUGUGAUUAACACUCCUGUGCUCGAACAGUCCUAUGGAGGGUUCUGUAGUCUCUGCCUCCAAAACACAAGUUCAGAGAGUUCAGCAAUAAAAAGAAAGCAAACCCAGCAGGGCGUCCGGACCCACAGUCUCCGGCACUUUCUGGCUGAGCAUGUUCGCGCCUCGUCUCUCCGGCCCAUCUGCAGUGUGAGCACUUGAGGAGUGAGGGCAGCCGGGAGCGAAGGGUCUACGAUUUGUCUGUUUGCCAGCGUCUCCCAGAGGGAUUGGUAGGUGUGCCUCAGCCUCCCCUGCUAUAGCUUUGGUAAGCUUGUGUCUUGUGAUGCGGGAAGAUCAAUGUCCUCUCUGGAGCAGGCUGUUGGGUGCGCGGCUUCCGCCAUUUUGUGGGAGACCCCAGGUCUGUGUUGCAGAACGAUGGUGCUGUGGGGCUCCAGAGUUGUGGUAGCGGUGGGGGCUGCAGGGUAUACAGGUAUAUAAAGCUUCGGGAGUCCAGCAUGGCACACCCAGGCAGGAUAGCAGGGUAGUGGCCAUCCAUUCGACUCACCGCCCAAAUAAGCCUCAUCUGGGUGGAAGAAGUAUGUCCCUCCAAGGGACAAACACUUCGUGCAAGCCUCACGUCGGGGCCAGUACUUCCUUGGGUAUAGGACCACAGUUUCCAGUCGUUAGGUGAGUAGAUGAUUAGCUUUGGUAGGCUGAUAAGUCGAGAUAUUUCCCGAGCUGUUCUUACAUGCGGCCACUCAGCAUGGCAGUCAGGCCCUGCCCCCAUAUUAAAUGAUAUUUUAUGUAUAAAUAUUUCUCCUGAACAAAAUUAUAUAUAAUAAGUGUGGGUGCACUUAAUAUGAAAGCAAAAAAUAUGAUUGAACAGACCUAUAGCGCAAAUUCCAGGUUUUGUUUUGAUUAGAACUUGUACAAUUGGCUUUGUCCUUAUUUUUUUUUUCCCCCUCAUACUAGUUGUAUAUUUCAUAUCACGGUUUUUCACUAAUGUGUAACUUUUCUUGAAUUCCAAGUGAAUUUCAAAUUUUAGGCCCAAAAUAACCAAUCUGCUAGAUUUUCAUUUGGGUUUUUUUUGGCCUGAAAUCUGACAUUUACUUUGAUUUUCUAACCGUUUACUUUUUAGUGAGUAGCAUGGACAUUUACUUUGCUCGGUUUUUGUUUUCUCCCCCACAGGUGUGUUACAUAGAAGGGCACAGGGUGAUCAGUCUGGCCAAUGAGAUGUUUGGAUACAAUGGUUGGUCCCAUUCCAUAACUCAGCAGAAUGUGGGUGAGUGCCAACACUAUUCUGUAGAGAGUUGUCUGUGCGAGCAUUAUGCGAUCUGUGUAACUGCUUCUUUUUUUUCUCAUGGCAGAUUUUGUGGACCUGAGUAAUGGCAAAUUUUACGUGGGGGUGUGUGCAUUUGUCAAAGUCCAGCUGAAGGUGAGCUAUAUUGCAUGUUAUCUUUGCCGAUUUAUCACACAACCCACCUUGAGUACUGAAGUUGUAUUUAACCGUUGGACAGUCAUGGACAAACUAACAUCUGAGAAUGGUUGGUUGGUGUACUGCAGCAAUGCAUGCUGGGUUAAAUGAUCAGUGUUCUAGUCCACCUGAAGGGAUGAGACUGGCUACAUGGGAAAUUAAAAAAUAAUAAUUGGUAACUAUUUCUAUUCCCCGAUUAGAUCUUUAUCAGUUUUUCAAGGUAUAGCACAAAACUGGACAGUCCAGGCCCUUAAAUCUUAAAAGGGAAAGCACUCAUGGGUCUUUCACCUCGAGAAUCAACAAUAUAUGUGUCCAAGCAUAGGUACUGUCUGUGCUUGGUUAAGCUCUAGACAGUGAGUGGGUCCUUGGUGUGGCAUAUUUUGAUUUGUAUGUGAUCAUUCAUACUGCCCUAUAAUCUUUAAAGGGACACUAUAGUCACCAGAACAACUACAGCUUAAUGUAUUUGUUCUGGUGAUUAUAGUCUGUCCCUACAGGCUUUUUGCAGUAAACACUGUAUAUUUUCAGAGAAAAUGUAGUAUUUACAGUAUAGCCUAGGGACACCUCCACUACUAGAGGAGCUUCCUGGGGAAAUGCUGCACACUGUGCAGCACUGACAUUCAGUAUCUCCACCCUCUGUAUCGUGACACUGAACUUUUCUCGUAGAUUUGCAUUGAUUCAAUGCAUCUCUAUGGGAAGAUGCUAAUUGGCUAGGGUGGCAUUUGGCUCCACUCCCGGCCCAUCUCCUUAGCUGAGAUCAUCAGAAUUGACAAACACAGCCAAUUUCAAUGCUUUCAUAUACACUUCUGAUGAUGUCAGCCAAGGAGUCAGAUCAGGGACAGGGCCAGCACCGGAAUACUGAAAUAAAGGUAAUUUAAUUUAUUACAUUUAGGGGGGGAUGAGGGCAGUAGGACUAGAUAGUGUUUUUAACACUAUAGACUCAGGAAUACAUGUUUGUGUUCCUAACCCUAAAUCUUCCUUUAAUUAUAUAUUUUUUCCACACAUACUGAAAGUGACUCCUAUACAAAAACUGUUGACAGCAGUGAGUGUUCGUGUAAGUGUAUGUAUGUGUAAUUGAAGCACCCUACAGUGUCUUUAAUGUUGUUAUACAUUGUUUUAUGAUUAUGUAGACUGUCAUUGCUCUUUAAGGGGUUCAGAAAAGUAAUUUGUCAGGAAUAACCAGGAAAUAGAAUGGCAUGAAAAGCUAAAUUCUAUUAAUCAUCACAUAAUCUGACUGUAUCCUAUCCAGGAUGGCUCCUACCAUGAAGAUAUAGGUUAUGGUGUCAGUGAAGGUCUGAAGUCUAAAGCUCUAUCAUUGGAAAAAGCUCGGAAAGAAGCAGUCACUGAUGGAUUGAAGAGAGCACUCAAGUAAGAAUAGGCAUAGUCACCAUAAAUCUGUUUCUUACUGCCCUCCAUAGAUUUUGUAUCCAGAGACUGCCAGAUAAUCUUAUGUUGCACAAUAUUAAUUACCCCUUCCCCCUCAAACAAAAAAAAUAUUUGCAUCCGCUCCUUACAAUUGCCCCUUCAGAGUUAGCUAUGGGAUUUAGCUGAGCAGUGAGGAGCAAUUUAGUAUAUUGUAAAUUGAGAAGUUACAGCAAUGUCGGAUAGAUUUGCUCUUGAAUUUUUUUAUUUUUAUUUUUUUACUUAUUAGAGUCCGGUUAUUUUAAUGAUUUUAUAAUAUAGCACGUUCUCUGUCAUUAUCAUUUUGGCCACAAGAGGGCAUCACAGACUCCAAAAUAAACCCAAACAUUAAUAACAAAACCAAAAAAAAAGAAACUCACAAAAAAAAAAUGUCCAAAGUGAUGGAGGACCAACUGCUGGAAAGCUCCAAACAGAACGGGACUGGAAGGCAUAUUUAUAAUAUCAUGGAGGUGGAAGAGGACACUUCAGCAGCCAGAGCCAUUAUUGGAAACCAAAGCUGGACGGAUCUAUAGCACUAGUUACUGUUUGUAAGGCUAGGAAAAAAAUCAAAUAGUGAGACUUCCAGGACCAGGUCGUUGGUCUUUACACGGCAAGAAUUUGUAAGCGCUGGAGGAGAAUACAUUAGAAACGAUGAAUUCUGUGCAUGCUGUUUUAAUGAACAUGACACGUGCAAGAGGGACGCUGUUUUGCUAUGUAAAGGUAACAGAAGCUGAAGGUAUACUGCUGUACAUGACGGUGUACAACUACAACAAUAAUCCUUAAAGUGACACUCAAGUCACCAUAACUUUAUCAGAAUGAAGUUGCCAUAGUGCGACGGGGGCGACCGGGCGCCAGCCCACCUCAUGAGGUUAAACCGUUUAACCCCAAAGUGCAGAAUCUGUCACCCGAUCGCUUGGCCAUCUCCGUCCACCACUGAGGCUUGAGUCCGCCUCGGACAGGAGCGCCGCUGUCAGCUGAUGUGAUCAGUAGCGCCCUAUUCACAAAACGGCUUGAGAAACCUAUCGGAUCUAGCACUCUGGGGUUAAGACGUUUGUUAACAGUUUAACCCCUUGAGGCAAGCCAGCGCCAGGGGACCACCCCACACCAAAACAACCUCACCAAGAUGAAGUUGUUUUUGUACCCAGAGUCUUCCUUUAAGAAUGUUUACUAGCAAAAAACAUUGUUUAUUUAUUUUUAUCCUGAGGCCAAAGAGCAACCAUUGAAGUAACUUGCCCACAGCUUGAUGACUUCCCAGUGUAAUAGCAUGAUGACAUCAAAAUGGUGCCCAUAAAAAAGUCAUGCCUAGUUUCUUUACCUACUGAGCUGCAGCAUUAAGUCUCUCUCUGAGUCAGUCCCAUCUUUCCCAUAGUUAUCACACUGCCCUUUACCAUUACAAAGUCAUGGCCCUGGAAUGAACACCGAUUCGGCACACACCUGCUGCCAAAGGGUUGAGCAAAGCAUUGCACAUCAAUGUGUUGCUGUGCCCUCUGACACACAAAGGAUUAAAUAACUCGAAAUGCUAUAUCACUUAAUAAUUUGUGACAGCUACGAUCCAUGCAAUGUGUUCUACAAUUUUCUCCAAAGCCAUUUAUCUUACCUUAUUAUCAAUAUACCUUUCCAAAUGCACCAUCCCGUGACUUCUAUUAGAAAGCCCUGAUAGUUGGCAUUUUUGUUUUUUUACAGGAUAAACUAACAUGACACCCCUGACAUUAAAACAUUCAUGUAACAGACGUAAGGUAAAGGCAGCCAUGUCUCAAAUCGAGGAGCUGUUAUCGGAAGUUACAAUGUACCAAACCCCUGGAAUUGUAAAAUCUAUUACAACACUAAACCUCGCUUUCUGUAACAGAGCUGAACCUUUAUAUUGACACUUUCACAGUUAAUGUCCUUAUAUGAUUUCUUUUCUUUUUUUGUGUGUUGGGUAGACAUUAUUUAUCAUUUUCACAGAAAAUUUGCGGUAUAUCCCAGAGCAGGAACGCAGGCUGCCUCUCUUCACAGAUAUUUCUCAGUAAAGUUCUCAGUGAAGACUCCUCUAUGCUUCUCAAAUUCCUUAUUCUGCAGCCAGUCACUUUCCUUAAUUCCCAUUAACCAACCCUCGUCCUGUUCCUCAGGGUUAUCAAACUCUGUUACAAGAACCACGUCACCAGAUUUCAAGUUUAACUCAUCGCUAUCAGUUGCACCAUAAUCAUGUUGCGCCUUCACUUUGUACAAGAAUCCAGGGGGCAUAUCUUUCUUUGGGGGACUGCUCUACACGGUGCCAUUGACAGUCGCAGUGAAUGUUUCAACAACCACAGCAGGGAGUGAACUCUGAGAUUGCGUAGUAGUGUCUUUUUCAGGUGCAGCUGGUUCCGGUUUGCUUUCCGUAUCUUUCUUCGGUUGUUCUGCUCUGGCUGCAGGUAUUGGUUCUGCCGGCUGAGAAGGUGACUUGGAGAUGGUCACAGAUGGGGCAUCAGCAAAAAAGGUCCCUGUCGCAGAGGCAGCAGGAGAACCAAACGCCUCCUCUGACUGGUGGUUGACAGUCUUUUCUGUGGCUGGAAGAGGAGGUCCAUCGGGUGGUGAGGAUGGCGUCCUGUUCCCCUUUGUGGAACUGGUGUCACUUGGCUGAGCUUUCACUGGGGUGAAGACCUUGGCUGAAGGCUUUCCUUGAUGUUCAUCCAAUGUCACCAACACGUCAUUCAAGUUUUGAUGCAGCUUGCCCAUUUCUUUAUGGAAGUUUUCCUCCAUGCCAGCGAUGCUCUGGAAUGUGUUGACGUAGAAACCAACACGACUGUUCCAUAAGGAGGGCAACUCCUCCUGCAAAUCAUUGUUCAUUUCUUCAAAUACUUUUUGGGUUUUUACCAUCUCUUCCUCCGCCUGGUUUCGGAGCAGAUUAGUUUGGGCAACCAGAUGGGCUUGUAUUUUUCCCUGGCACCACUGGGGGGCAGCCUUCUCAAGCAACAACACAGGCUUUGCGAUUUUGGCAUCAUCCUUCUUAUUUGCAUUUUGUAGUGAUUCAUAGUGGUGUCUGGCGCUGUCAUAAUCCACCAGCUUUCUGCCCCGUUUAGCGAUACGAGACUUGAUAUCAGGGAACUGUCCAAGGUAGGUGUCCAUGGUGAGAAGAGCCUGAUCCACCAGCUUCCGAUGGUAGUCUGUCCAUAGCAGGUCAUUGUUCUCGGCUAUCUUGUUUGUAUCGUCUCUCCCUGGCCAUUCCGGCUCGUAGACAUCCUGCAGACACUCUGUUAGUUUCUUGAAAGCAUCGUGCAUUGCUUUUACCGAAGCCAGGUAGGUCCUUAAAUCUUUCUGUAGUUUGCUUCCUUCUGUCAGCUGCUUGUUGAAGUUGAGAACAAAUUGCUCGAAGUGCACAUCUUUCGUCUCAUCUGCUUUGCCCAGUUUCUGGAGAACCUUUUGGGGUGCUGGGGGAAUUCCCUGGGGUCCAGUGGUGCUGCUGCUGGCGCGCGAGGGAGCACUUUCCCCUCAGUGCUUCCUCUUCAGCUCCCUCGCGCGCCGCCUGCUCUUGAAUUUUUAAUUCUGUAGUCCGAGCUCUGUAUGGAUGUUGUAUGUAUAAUGUUUUACUAUGAAAUGCUGUUCAAACGGAGGUUAACUCUCCCCCCCCCUCCCCCCCUCCCAUGGUGUUAUAGGGAGCCAUUAGCCAGCCUAGAACUAGAGUUCUAACCGGUUAAUGUCAACUCUGUGUAUAUACGUAUACACAGAAGUACAUUCAUUGGCUGAUAUCUGUCCGUUGAUGCUCUCAGCCAACGAGAGGCUGUCAGGGUGGACUUCUGCAGGUGUGCAGAAGCAGGAAGUACUCACUGACCACAAGAAUACCCUCCGCUUCCAGCGAAGACUCAGGUGACGGAAUGCCAAGGCAAAGCGGUUUGCCCCUUUACCAGGUAAUUGGACCAGGGUACUCCUCAUUGGGCUAUAGUGCUUAUGAUGCUUGGAGUAACCUUUGCACUCUUUUUUGACAUUCUUUAUUUGUAUGUAGUAAGGUUACAAUACAGGUCAAAUCGUAUCAAGAGACACGGUAUAACAAGUUUCACAAGGCCCCUAAACCUUAUGUCCAACAAUAUUUUUAGGGUUUCGUUCCUAAGUUUCCCCCCUUCCCCGCCGUAUAACCUUUGCACUCUUAUCUUGCAUAUAGCUAUUUACUUUUGUCCUUCUCUAUAGAUGCUUUGGGAAUGCUCUUGGGAAUUGCAUUAUGGAUAAAGAGUAUCUCCGUGCUGUUAACAAAUUACCAAAGUUGGUAAGUGAAGCUGUGAACUGUUAUCAGGGGACCACAGAUUGUUACAUAUGUGUAAUUAGAUCUCCAGAAAAUGUUGUGACACUUCCUGGAGCCUGUUUGUUAAAGCAAGUACAAGCUUGAUCAUUAACUUUUUAGUUGGUACAUCUAACCCAUAGUGUGUUUCUUCCUAAAUUUAAACAGACAUCAACAAUAUUUGCUUCUAGAAAACAAUGCUGUGUAUUAGUAAAUUGUGCUACCGUGUUCUUUAAAAAAAAAAAUCUUUCAUUUAUUAUUUCAGCCACAAGCAGAACUGGAUCCUGCACUGACAAAGCGACAAGAUUUUGACGCUUCGCUGGAAAAGGCACGUUUUAAUGGCUAUCUAAUCAAACCGAAACCACCAGACAGACUUCAUCUAGAACCAGUUGACAAGGAAACUCCUGAGAUGAGUGAAAAAUUACCCACCAAACAGCACCAACAGGAUCACACCAGCAAGAACACAGAACAAAACACUAGUAUAGGAGGGUAUGUUUGGUUAAAGAUCAGAUGAUACAGUUUCUCACUACUGAUUAAGGUAAUCCACAAGGAAGUUGUAUGAAGGCGUGAUUCAUUUUCAUCCUAGUGGGAGAAACUCUUUGUUUCUGGAAUCCGUUUGACGGUGUGUAUGCUGACGCUCUUAAAUAAUGAAUUAAGGCCAAUUAGGGACAAAACUGAUAUUGCUAAAGCUCAUUGAAAAUAUUUCAAUAGUACAGAAAACCACACAUUCAAUUUAAUUUGAUAAAAUCAAAGUCUUCGGUCCUUUUCAUAAUUCUAAAUCUGAUUUCUUUGGUUAUCUUUAUCCUAUGUUCGUUUGUAAAUGCACUGUGUAACGGACCGUUUUGCCCAAAAGAGGUUAAAAACCGUUUAGGCGAUAUUCCCCUUUUUCAGCUGCACCGACAGCUACUGCAAGCACCAAUCUCCUGAACUGCAAACCCACGAAUUCACCAACUCCUGAAUUGCAACCAAGGGAAUACUCGAAACUCUCGAACUGCAUACCAAGGGAAUACUCGAAACUCCCGAACUGCAUACCAAGGGAAUACUCCAAACUCCCGAACUGGAGACACAUGAAUAGCUGCUAGCAGACGAACAGGAAAAGCCCCCAAGCGGCUUACACUCCUGGCAAUCAGUCUCUAACAGCAAACAGUAAAUCCUCCCCCAAUAAUGAGACGACACUUCACUUUGAGGGUUAAGCAGGAACUGAUUUACUGGGGCUAACUGCCCGGCUUUUAUGCAGGUCUCUCACCUGGUGGACACUCCCCUAAGGGACCAAAUAGGAGACUGGGACACAAAGGGUAAAAGGACCAAUCACAGACUUACACAUUUCAACCAUCCCACAAUGCAUCACAAUCCCUCCUCUCUGCUCUGGAGAUAAUUGAGAAGUAAUUCAAUUAUCUCCAAAGACAGAGGCCAAACUCCAUUAACCACAUGGCAGAAAACAAACAGUAAAAGACAUAAAAUUACAUACAGUCACAUUUAUUACCUAAACCAUAUACAUUCUACAUAUCCCCAGAUAGCUUAGAUCUGAGCGCACAUUACUACCGAAUGGCGCUCAGAUCACAUACAUACAGUUCAAUCGCCAUGGAGCCAAAGUCUUUCCCAUAGUUUUUCCAUGGCUUAGCUAUCUGAGGGAUGCUGUUCAUCCGGCGAAACUACCGAAUGAACAGUAACUCGGUUCUGCUUACCGAAUGGGAAGGUAAGGAGGCUGGCGGCUCAGCGGUGUUCGCGCCAAUAAGUGUCCGUUUUCAGUUCCAUAGUUUGGGCGCUGAACACCGCUGGUCGUUCGGGAGGUAAAAUGGCUGCUGCCACGUGUUCGACAGACGAACAAAGGCCACCCAGUGUUCAUCAAUUAAGCUGCGGUUAACCACAGCUUCUGGGCGGUCAAUUGACGGCACACUCCAGCUCCCAGGUGGUCCAUCAUUUGGUAGUUUGUUCGGUAGAUGGAAUCUACCGAACACCCUGGCAGAAAGGCACGAAUAAACCUUUCAGCAGGGAGAAUAACAGUUCUGAACUGCAGGGCCAUAAUCUAAAGGGAGCAGGCGAGCUACCAGGCUUCUCCAGUGCACAGCGGCGAGGUUGGUUCCGCCACACACUGUUCAGAAAACCUUGUUUAAAAGCUGUUUUUAUGCAUUCUAUAAUAAGUUUAGCCCAGCAGUUUCUGAAGAACUUCCUGUAAGCCUAGUAAGUUCCACAAUUUACUGAAUCACCCUUUCUAGCAGUGAUUACCCACUACAUAACAAAUUUAGCUCCUAGCUUCUCCUUCCUCCGUAACAAAUCUGAUUUUUAUUUUUUAUUUUUUUUUUUAUGCCCCUCUAUUACUAAAUAUGCUCCCCUGUGUGCCCCCACUCCUCCAUGUUGACAAAUCUUGCUCUGCAUCACAUCCCUCCUCCGAAUGAACAAGUCCAACCCACAUAGAGAACAAAGACUCCCCCCAACACACACUCAUCGUCAGAGCUGACAGGUUGGGUAAGGCCAGGAGGAGCUAUAAAAAAAGUAAAGGCAUGAAUGCAUGUUGAUAACUGGCAUUUCAGUUUCCCCAUUGCAGCUGAAAUGUUGGUUAAAAUUACAAAUCCCUCCCUGCAUAUGUCUUCUAAACAGCGUUUCACGGUGUGGUUCACCAUACAAAAAUGGAUUAUUAAAAUCACUGUUUAGUAGACCUGCACAGGAAGGCAGGAAUUAUGUUAAUCUUUUAUUUAAAUUUUUGCAAAAACUAUUCAUUUUUAGCUGCCAAAAAUUCAGCCUAUAAAUCUGGCCAAGAUCAAAUGCCUUUUAACUUGUUAUAGUGCCCAGAAUUUCUCUUUAAUAAAAUAUUCUCAAAUAACCUGUGGGUAUUGUAAUUGCUUGUCUUCAGCUCUGGACCUGCACUAGCUGGAUCAUCCAUCCAUCUGGAGAUGGAUGCAACGUACCAACGCAAACUGCGCCAGAAGCAGCUUCAGCAGCAGUUCCGUGAGCAGAUGGAGAAGAGACAGCAGAGCAGCUCUCCAGACAUAAAUAGAGGAGGUAAAAAAAUCAGUCUAACAUUUUUUGAGGUACAAUAAUGGGAAUUAAAAUCUAAUUCUGUCCAACUGGUGAUUAUUUAUUACAUUUAUGACAUUAUGGGUGGAGUUAAUAGUUGUUGUGCCUUAUGUAUUCACAAAAAAAUUAACUAUAGUCUAGGAACUAGGCUUGUUUUGUAGCACGUUGGGCUGUGGAAAAGGAGUCAAUAGCUACUGUGAACUGCUGAAUUCAUGCUUCCACUAAGCUACCCCAUAAGCAAUAUCAUGUAUAAAAAUUGUGAAAGCUGUGACUCUACAAAGUUUAUUUAGAUCGCUCACCAAGUUAUACUGUGUUUAGAUGCCAGUCUUUCCAUUUAGCUUAAUUAAUAAAUAGUGUGUCUUUUCCGAACUCUGCCAUCCCCUAAAAUCUACAAACCAAUAUCUGUAAAUAGAGAACCUCUGAGGUUAGUAGGUUGGUUAGAAAUGAAGAUAAGCUGCUCUCAGUAUAACGUUUGUAGCAUUUUCAUAACACACACACGACUGCAUUCUGAACAAUAAUGUUUAAAUCAGCACUACUGAUAAUUGGGAUAUACCAGUAAUUAAUUGGCAUAUAAACCAUUCUGCCUUGGGUAAUGUAUAAAAAUUGAGUGAUAAGUUUUAGUUGAGUAAUACGGAUACUUUCAUUAGAAUAUUGUGAGGGAUAUACUGUAAUCUGAACUUUUGAAAGCUAGCUAUUUCAUUUUGUGUAAAUUAGUGUGUGUUUUCCAUCACAAGGAUCUAUAAUAAAAAAUAAAAAAAUCCAAACAUUGGUUAAAAGCUAAUCUGAAACUUUGGUUAUGGUCUUCUUAAAAAUUUAUUUUUUUACUUUUUCUAAAUAAAAAGUGUUAAAUAAACAUAAGUAAAAGACUGUCAGAAAUAAAAUAAAAAUGUAGUAUUAUUAAGACGUGUGGCUGCCAUUUAGUGGCUUGGUCUAGUUUUGCCACCUUCAAAGGGACACUACACACUAAAGUUACUUAAUCUCUAUUAAUGAUGGUCUCAGCAGCCCUGAUGGCUGCUGUAGGAGCUUUGGCUAAGGCCUUAGCCAUACCAUAUCAUACCAACAAUGAAUGUGAUAGUCUGAGAGUGUUCAGCUGAGUCUCUCAGCCAAUCAGUUACCCAUCUCUGCUCAUACUAAUGUGGAGGCUUUAGCUGGAGCAGAACAAAGGGGCUGGGCUGCGGCCUGUCAGACGCUUAUUCAGUGUUAACCAAUUCAAAAACAGUUUAACUCUGAAAGGACGGAUUUUUAUAUUUAAAACUUAUUUAGUAAUAUUUAUUUUUUACAGUGCAUUUUUUGUUUUUUAAAAACAGUCCAUUUUCUAACUUUUUUUCCCUCCUGUAUUUUUUCUUAGUGACCGCACAUGCUCGUAUGGCCGCCCACCACAGUCAUAGCACUCCAGCAACUGUGCAGGCUGCAUCUGUGCCCGAGGAGGAGCUUCUGGCAGGUGAGAGCAGGCAUGAUCACCUUCAGGAUAGAAUUUAAACAUCCAUAUUGAUCUAUGGAUGAUCCAGGAUGUGUGAAUUUCCCUGGCUAGCUAAUAAUACUCGUCCAUGGCUCAGUGUAGUGAAGUCACUAUAUUGUUUUUGAAAAUUGUCUUGAUUUAUGUUAUGCUUAUAUUUUAAAGUACAUUCUAAACAAUUAUAAUAAAAUACAAAAGAGCACAACAGAUUUUUUAUUUUUUUAUUUAUAGUACCGACCAUGGAAGGAUUGGUGUUUUAUAUUAAUUGGCAAUAAACUACACUUUAGUAUUUCUUCCAAAAGAACAAGAAUAGACUGGGCACUGUAUUACCAGGUAUAAGAAAUCUGCCCAAAGUAAUUCCUUACUGCCAUACAGGAUACAAAUGCUUACAAGUAAAGCUAAGGAUAUUGCUAUUAAUGUGAAGUAACUGUGCCAUCUGAACAUUGCUCCACACAAAUCAAUUUAAAGCAAAACAUAAAAAUAUUAUUUUCUCUGGCAAAUGCAAUAAUACACGUAGCUUCAAUAGCCAUUUCCAGCAGCCAAUGAAAACACAGGAUUUCCCCUUUUGAGCUGAGGAGCACUAAACAUUUUACUCUGCAGGUCAAGAUGAAAUGCCGCGUUUGAACUGAAUGAUACACAAUGCACACUGUUCCCCCAAGAAAGCACAAUUUAGUUAAACGUUUGUACGAACAAAUACACUCUGACCAAAUUAAAAACCCUGAUCCAUUAAUAGUGUAGGCAGUAUUUAAAAUAAUGUAUGGGGAUGUGAAAGAAAUACAGAGCAGCCUUAAAUAAAGCAUAGAUGCUGCAGUUAAUUAUGCCAUUGACAUGCCAUUGUGUUGAAUAUAAUUUUGGAUACACUCAAUCUUAGACAGAAGAACACAUUAUAUAACUGUAACAUAUUUUUUUUUUUUUGUCAAGCUCGUUUUGUUUUUAUUGAGGUUAACGAGAAACCGACAUAUGAGACAUGUAUCGGCAAUCAACAUGUGCAACAUAAUAUGGUUUGACAUUCAAUAAUGGCCAACACUAAAUUAAUUAAAUAAGCUGUUGGAGAAGUCAGACCUCAGUUUUUCUUUUUUGUAGAAUUAUAAGAGAACGAGCAAACAUAAAUUAUUUGAGGAUUAACCAAAAAAAAAAAAAAAAAGAUAACAAACAAAAUAUAGAAUGGACACCAUGCUCUACCUAUUACUAGGUGUGAUUAAAAUAACUUUAUGAGAAGGAACUUGCUUCAAUAUUCUAAUUGGAUCUGGAGCUUGAGAUAUAAAAACCGAUAAUAUUAAAAGAAGAAUGAUUGGAGCUGCAUUGGUAAAUUGGAUCACAUGGGACACCUCAAGUCACUGAUUAUGAUGCUGCAUCAUCAUAAGCUUAACUGAGAUUUGGUACCCUUAACUAACGGGGUGGUGGAGUUUGGUGGGGAGGAUAAGUUACUGCCAUGUGUGGCGGCUCAGGCUUAACAAAACAUUCAGCUACUAGGCUAAAUGUGGAACUCCUGGUAUACAAAAAGAGAGGUAAGUAGAAAAAUAAAACAAAAGGAUAAAAAGGAAAAAUCAUUGUGAAUAAAGGAUAUAACGGUGUUCUGCGUGUGAGUCUACUCUCCACCUCUUGGUACGAUAGUGACUAAGUGAUGUGAUGUAGGGCCAUUAGCUGUCAACAGCAACCAUAGAUGCCCAAUGAUGCAAGGAAAGUGGAGGCUUCAUUGAAGGAAGGAAUUUUGAGGACAGUCCCAUUCUGGGUGACAGAGAGAGAGCGCGGUGGUGACCAUCUGUAUUCCGUGUUAGUGUCUCUGGGCCAUUGAGUCACUGGUUAGAGUGAUUUCCUCCAUUGUAGUGUGUAUCUAAUUAGGUCGUAGUAGAUGGUAAGAUCGGAGGAUUCAAACGUGUAACAUGUUUUGCCAUAUAAAAUGUUCUUCCUGGCCUGGCAUGGAGGGAGAAUUGACGCCAUUACUCGACAUAAGUUAUGCAGCAGUUCUUCAAUAGAGAUGGCAUCAGGAAUCCCUCGGAGUUUAAGGUUGUGGCAUCUGCUGUGGUCAUCCAGCAAAACUACUUGCAUUGUGAUGGUGUGUUUGGCCGACUGUAGCUGUUGCACGUUUUCUGUAGUGCAGACAUACUUUGAUGAAUAAAUUUUAAUGUGAAUAACAAAAGUGUAUAUGUAAUGGCGAUUAUCAAUAGUAUAUGUGAGGAAAUUGAGAAUCAGCAGCUGUGGCACUCUGUGGGAACUCCCAAAAUGUCCCACUUACAUAUAUCUAAAAACACAAUACCGCAAUGCUUAAGUGAUGGACCACCACCACCACAAAAAACAUCAACGUGCGAGUGCAACGCUUAAAACUAAUUCAGACAUACCCCUCUACAAAUGUGGGGUAGUAUAAUCUCAUUGAUCUAAAAGAGAAGCAAAAAAGAAUAUAAUAAUGCAACAAAGUUAUGUUACAUACAUGUAAGAGUGUGGUGUGUGUGUGUGUGUAUAUAUAUAUGCUUACAAUAUUUUGAGCCCUUUGAACGGUAUGGCUUUGAACGUUCACGUGUUAGUGCCCUUCUGGCGGCAACUGUACCUCUUCAGUCAGAUCCUUUACCUGAAGCCCAUAGAAUACUGGCCCCACGUUUUUGCACACAUUUAAGAUCAGGAGGGGCAAUUCCCACUUUAUCCAACCCAAGGAAAUAGGAUAUAAGGCCAAGAGAGUGUUUGUUUUUUUAAAAAUUGUACAUCACUUUAAUUAAACAAAAAAUCUAAAUCAAAAAUACAUACAAAAUUGGUUAGUUAAAAUAUUGCUGGCCUCUGAGACGUGUUUCACCCGAUAUGUGGGCUUUCUCAGUCGGUGUAGUCCUAUCCUUGGGAUCUUCACUUUAUUAGGGAAGUCCAUAACUUGUAUCUAAUCCUGUUCGUUCUUUUCUGGGGGCAUGGUGGGACAUUUUCCUUACUUUGUUAUUCAAUUAGUGCUUCUUGUUGGAUGUUCCUCCGUUGUAUUUGUCUUGUAGCAUAGUUCUGUUUGGUCCGGAUGUGACGUGUCUGCCAUCUUGCGGACACGUCACUUCCACAUUGCAGUCAUGUUUAUCCUCUUAUGCUACAAAGUCCAGAGUUCCUAGCGCUCCAGCACCAGUUCUUUCACAUAUAUAUCAGAUAUAGACAUCGGCAGCAUGAAAAAUAAGGGGAAGGGAGAGAUAAACUUGGUAUAUGUAGUAACAAAAACUAAAUGUGCAAUUUAAAUACUUUAAAAUUUAGCAGUAAUGUGUGUAUCAUAAAAUGAAUUAAUAAAUGUAAAAAAGGGAUAUGUGUGUGUAUGUAUAUAUAUAUAUAUAUUUAGUGUGUGUGUGUGUGUGUGUGUGUGUGUAUAUAUAUAUAUAUAUAUAUAUAUAUAUACAUAUAUAUAUACAUAUAUACAUACAUACAUACAUACAUACAUACAUACACUGCUUAAAAAAAUAAAGGGAACACAAAAAUGACACAUCCUAGAUCUGAAUGAAUUAAAUAUUCUUCUGAAAUAGUUUGUUCUUUACAUAGUUGAAUGUGCUGACAACAAAAUCACACAAAAAUUAAAAAAUGGAAAUCAAAUUUUUCAACCCAUGGAGGUCUGGAUUUGGAGUCACACUCAAAAUUAAAGUGGAAAAACACACUACAGGCUGAUCCAACUUUGACGUAAUGUCCCUAAAACAAGUCAAAAUGAGGCUCAGUAGUGUUGGUGGCCUCCAUGUGCCUGUAUGACCUCCCUACAAUGCCUGUGCAUGCUCCUGAUGAGGUGGCGGAUGGUCUCCUGAGGGCUCUCCCCCCAGACCUGGACUAAAGCAUCUGCCAACUCCUGGACAGUCUUUGGUGCAACCUGUCGUUGGUGGAUGGAGCGAGACAUGAUGUCCCAGAUGUGCUCAAUUGGAUUCAGGUCUGGGAAAAGGGCGGGCCAGUCCAUAGCAUCAAUGCCUUCGUCUUGCAGGAACUGCUGACACACUCCAACCACAUGAGGUCUAGCAUUGUCUUGCAUAGGAGGAACCCAGGGCCAACCGCACCAGCAUAUAGUCUCACAAGGGGUCCGAGGAUCUCAUCUCGGUACCUAAUGGCAGUUGGGCUACCUCUGGCAAGCACAGGGGGGGCUGUGCGUCCCCCCCCAAAGAAAUGCCACCCCACACCAUUACUGACCCACUGCCAAACUGGUCAUGCUGGAGGAUGUUGCAGGCAGCAGAACAUUCUCCACAGCGUCUCCAGACUCUCACGUCUGUCACAUGUGCUCAGUGUGAACCUGCUUUCAUCUGUGAAGAGCACAGGGCGCCAGUGGCGACUUUGCCAAUCUUGGUGUUCUCUGGCAAAUGCCAAACGUCCUGCACGGUGUUGGGCUGUAAGCACAACCCCCACCUGUGGAUGUUGGGUCCUCAUACCACCCUCAUGGAGUCUGUUUCUGACCGUUUGAGCAGACAUAUGCACAUUUAUGGCCUGCUGGAGGUCAUUAUGCAGGGCUCUGGCAGUGCUCCUCCUGUUCUUCCUUGCACAAAGGCGGAGGUAGCGGUCCUGCUGCUGGGUUGUUGCCCUCCUAUGGCCUCCUCCACGUCUCCUGAUGUACUGGCCUGUCUCCUGGUAGCGCUUCCAUGCUCUGGACACUACACUGACAGACACAGCAAACCUUCUUGCCACAGCUCGCAUUGAUGUGCCAUCCUGGAUGAGCUGCACUACCUGAGCCACUUGUGUGGGUUGUAGACUCCGUCUCAUGCUACCACUAGAGUGAAAGCACCGCCAGCAUUCAAAAGUGACCAAAACAUCAGCCAGGAAGCAUAGGAACUGAGAAGUGGUCUGUGGUCACCACCUGCAGAACCACUCCUUUAUUGGGGGUGUCUUGCUAAUUGCCUAUAAUUUCCACCUGUUGUCUAUCCCAUUUGCACAAGAGCAUGUGAAAUUGAUUGUCACUCAGUGUUGCUUCCUAAGUGGACAGUUUGAUUCCACAGAAGUGUGAUUGACUUGGAGUUACAUUGUGUUGUUUAAGUGUUCCCUUUAUUUUUUUGAGCAGUGUGUAUAUGUAUAUAUAUGUGUGUGCAUAUGUGUAUGUAUAUUUCUACAACUAGUAAAGACACAAUAUACAAAUAUACACAAUCUAAAUUAGUUUAGACAUGGCUAGAAAAUAAGAUUUUUUUGGAAAGAAGUGAAGUGGAUGAUCUACUAAAUAAUAUUAGGGUAAAAAAAUUGAAAAAGAGUUAUGUAAAAAAGAAUAAAUAGUAUUAAAAAUAACCAUCCCUAAAAAGUUAUAAAAAAUAACAAUGUUCAAAAUCUACAUUGAGUCCAUUUGGAGUCAAUGUAUUUAAAUUAAAAAUCAACUUCAUUUCAUCCCGUCCCAAAUUCUUUGCCAUAUCCCCACCUCUCCAAUUUGUAUAAACCUGUUGUAUCGCAUGAAAAUUAAGAUCAUGUGGAUCAUUAUUAUGGUGCAAUUUAAAAAGAAGGGACACAUUGUGUUUUUCAUAUCCCUUCUUGAUGUUUCUAACAUUUUCUUCAAUGCCUGUGUGUAGGGGACGUUUUGUUCUUGCUACAUACAUUAAAUUGCACGUGCAUGAAAGGACAUAUACUACAUUUUUGGAAUGGCAGGUUAAAAGUUCCUUCAUUUUAUGUUUCUUAUGUUUAAUUUGGGGAUCUUGGAAACUCGUAAUAUGUCCUUUUGUACAUUUAGUAGGACUACACCGAUUGAUAAAGCCCACAUACCAGGGGAAAUGCAUCUCAGGGACCAGCAAAAUUUUAACUAACCAAUUUUGUAUGCAUUUUUGAUUAAGAUUUUUUGUUUAAAGUGAUAUAUACUUAAAAAGAAAAAAACCACACUCUUGGCCUUAUAUCCUAUUUCCUUGGGUUGGAUAAAGGAGGGAAUUGCCACUUCUGAUCUGGCAAUGUGUGCAAAAUCAUGGGACCAGUAUUCUAUGGGCUCCAGGUAAAGCAUCUGACUAUCAGAAGAGGUACAGGUGCCGCCAGAAGGGCACGAACACGUGUACGUUUAAAGCCAUACCGUUAAAAAGGCUCAAAAUAUUGUAAGCAUAUUUAUACCACAAGCUUACAUGUAUGUAACUUUUCUAAAACUUUGUUGCACUAUUAUAUUCUUUUUUUUGCUUCUCUUUUAUAUCCGUGAAAUUAUACUACCCAACAUUUGUAGAGUGGUAAGUUUGAAUUAGUUUUAAGCGAUGCACUCGCACUUUGAUGUUUUUUUGUGUUGGUGGUUCACCACUUAAAUAUUGCUGUAUUUGUUUUUGUAAUUUGAUGAAUGUCUAAAAUAUGCUCCUCAGUGGCCUUAACUCUAUCCGUAAGUGUUUGAAUCUCCGCUUUCACUACCGCAACAUUUGCUGCCAAUUGCUAUUUUGUGUCCUGCAGGAGAUUUUGAAAGACCUGUUUAGUGGAAGGAGGCAUUCCCCCAAGGUGCCCUUGUUAUGCUGGCAUUUGUGUUGGUGAUGGGCUGGUUGCCUAAAUGUGGGGCAAUGUACUGGCCUCCUGUCAGUCUUGGUCGACCAUUUUGUUAGGCACAUGGCCCUUUAAGAAGCCCUGCACUGUAUAUUCCUGUACAUUGCAAGGCAGCCCAAAACCUGAAUGUUUGCUCUCCCAUUUCUCUCCCUGUACCCUCAUACUCUCUGGGGAAACAAAAUUAAGGUGAUGUCUUAUCCUAGCUUCCAAAGCCUUAAAGGAGUACCCUAACCAUCAUUACCACUACAAACAGCAACAGCUGUCAACAUUUUAUCCCCUUACCUGUGUCCAUGCUGGCCUCAAUUUUUCUUUGAUGGUUCAGUGAUGUGCUUCCAGCUUCAGAAGUUGGAGCUGUGGUGAUUAACGUUCAUUGGCUGAGAGCAUCAGCUAACCACUCUCAACCAAUGCCUUUCAUUCUGUGCAUGAAAUGUUGUACAGAAUUGACAUUAACCUGUCUGGAACUAGUUCCCGGUUAACUGACGACACCCCUACCAGAGGUGGACACCUCCAUCAGCAGAGGGGUAAAUUACUGUAUGUGCAGUGCCUCAAAGCAAAAUGCAUCAUAGUCUGUGAAUUGCUCUCUUAUAUAGUCAAUGUUCCACAAACCUCAAAGUUCUACCUUAUAUGCAGCUUAGUUCCUUGUAAAAUAUAUAUAUAUAUACACAAACUCCUUCUAUAACAGAUUGCUCUAGCAAACUGAGGGUUUGUUAAACUGUGGGUAGAAAAAAAAUUGUGGGGUUUGGCACUACACAGUGAUCAUUAUCUCAAAUUAUUGUUCCAGAUGACCCUGAGUUGUGGGAUAUCCCGUUAGAUGGGGAAGUGGAUCAUAUAUCAAAUGAUACUUUACAGAGUGCUCCCAACUCUAUCACAACACCACACAAUACCCCGGGGCAGCAUCAGAUGUUGACACGAAGUAAGACCCCACAGCGGGCAAACCACAAUAAUCAACUUGUUCGAUCAGACACCUGGAUUCAGAGACAUGGGAAUCAAAGAUCAGGUAUGUGCUUUUCAUGGCCUUUGAAAUAAAAGAACCUUGUUUAGUGUUGUUGUUAUUGAGAACUAUCAAAAAUAAAAAAUAAAUCUUUCUUCAUUCACACUAAGAUUACAGAGACAGGUUUAGGUUCCCCUACAAACUAACCAGUCUCAAAAUGUUACUGAUCACAAUUUCUCUGUUACCAGUCAGUGGUUACUACGAAGACCUUAGCUUUAGGUCACAUAAUAUCUGUCGUUUUUUCUUACUGCCAGGUUGUACAUCCUUUAUACUGUAUGUACACUGCUUUGAAAAGCUGUAAAUGUAUUUUAUUUUCUUUAACUCAAAAACUCUUUCCAGAGACCACUAUAGUGUAAGAACUACAAUUUUGUAUUCCUUACAAUAUAGAAUCCCUUUAAACCAUAUAAACCAAUAUAACCACUACAGUAGCUUCCCGACUUCCUUUCAAUACUCCAUCCCUAAUUCUCUUGACUUUCAACAUUCCCAUUAAUCCACCUUUGACCUCAGUUGCCUCCAAACCUCUUUCUAUUACCUCCUCCCUUGGGCUAUUUCAGUGGGCUAAUUCUCUAUAAGAUCACCUCUUAUCAUUUGUUCUUGAGAGCUCCCUCACCCAACAUCCUCAGCCUAACCCCCAUCAGCUCAGAAAGAACCUGAAUUCUAUUGACCUCCAGCAACUCUCAACUGAUAUCCGUUCUAAACUCUCAUCCAUCCCUACCUUCUUAUGUCCCUCUCUGACUAUUUCCUUGUGGAAUGCUACCCUCACCUCUGUCCUGGAUGCUGCAGCCCCACACUAGACAUGCACCUCAAGGAAGACACGCCUUCAAUAAUGGCAAACUAUUCGACCCGCUACCUGCAAAGUGCAGAAAUGCUCCCGUUCUGCUAAAUGCUGCUGGAGGAAGUCCAACACCAUGUCAUACUUUAUCCAUUAUCUUGCAAUCUUACAGCGCAGCCCUCACCCUUGCUAAACAAUCAUACUUUUCCUCUCUCAUUCAUGCUCAUGCAAUUCCAGGCAUUUUUGCGAUAUAAUCAACUCUCUCCUUCACCCAUCUGAAGCCCCCUCCCAAACUAACUUUUCAACUGAUAGCUUUGUAUGCUACUUUAUUCGCAAGAAUUAAAAAAUUAAGAAGAGCAUUCUUCCCUCUCUCUCUAAAUUGCACCUGGACCUUACCUUCCCUAUCCUUCAGGCCUUCUCCCCAGCUACUGAACAGGAGGUGCCUGUGCUUCUCUUUUCCUCUUGUCCCAUCCUAAAAAGCCAUCUCUAGACCCAUCUUCUUCUUCCAACUAUCAUCUCAUAUCCCUGCUCCCUUUUUCCUCAAAGCUUCUAGAAAGACUUGUCUUUACUCGCUUGCUUCCUCAAUUCCAACUCUCUCCUUGACCCUUUUUAAACUGGCUUCCGUCCCCUUUACUCUACUGAGACUGCUCUGACUAAUGUUACAAAUUACAUAAUCACAGCCGUUGACACUGUUGAUCAUGUCUUUAUUCUCCAAACUCUUCAAUCACUUGGUCUCUGUGACACUCUGUGACACUGUCCUCGCUUGGGUUUUCCUCCUAUCUCUCACAACGUUCGUUCAGUGUCUCAUCCUGUUUCAGUUGCAGACCUAUAUCUUUUCUCCCUUGAUCUCUCCCCCACGGUCCUACAAUGUGUCCCCGCUUGCCUUUCUUCAAUCUCUGUCUGGAUGUCCUCCCGCUUCCUGAAUCUCAAUCUCUAAAACUGAACUUCUUAUCUUUUCUAGUCAUACACAUUCUCCUCUCUUACUUUCCCUGCAAGUUGAUGGUACCAUCAUCAGUUAAUCCUUGCAAGCGCGCUGUCUUGGUGUUAUCUUUGAUCCGGACCUGACCUUUGCACCUCAUAUCCAGUAUGUUGCUAAAACCUGUCGAUUCCACCUUAAAAACAUCCAUCCAUUGCUGCAGGGCUCGACAAAUCCCAGACGCCAGGUUGCCACACCGACUAAAAAUUUCACCCUGGUGCCUGGGAAUUGCCAGCUCUUUAGUUAAUGUGGCUGCCGAAGGAGCUUUGAAGGCAGCCGCCCUGUGGAGCUAGGAGGUGGCCGUCCGCCCUGGGGAGCAUGAAGGUGGUGCGCAAUUGAGCAGCUCCCUUGCGCUGUUUAGUGAUUCCGGAAGACGGAAUAUGAUGUCAUUCCAGCCCCGGCAUCAUUACAAAGCACGCGCAGGGAGAAGAGAGAAGCUGCAGGAAGAUUAGACAACAGCCCCACUGGACCCCAGGGAAAGAUUAACUCAGCUCUCCCAAAGGUGAGUUGGUUUGAAUUAAAAACGAAAAAUGUGAGGGUGUAUGUGAGCCUGUCAGAGAGUGUGUGUGUGCGCGCGUUCACGUGCGCGCUGGUGAUAGUGUGUGUUCAUUUCAGAAUGUGUAUGUCUGCUUCAGUCAGACUGUGUGCGCACAUGCACCUGUCAGACUGUGUGUUUACGUACCUUCAUGCUCUGAUCGCACGAGUAAGGUGUUUUUACUCUCCUUUUCCCCGUGCCUGGUCCUACUUCCAUGGCGGAGAUUAUCAAUCUUUAUCAUCUCGGCUAAGCCAAUGCUUUCCAUUAGGAAAGCAUUGGGAAGAUUUUGUGCAUGCGCAGAAAAUGUACCAAUCCGUAUCUCCUCAUACAGAUGCAUUGAAUGAAUCUCUAUGAGGAACAUUCAGUGCCUUCAUGCAGAGCUUGUACACACUGAGUGUGGGUGCUGCACACAGUGACCCAGGACUCUCUAGUCUAGUGGCCGUCUGAGUGACUGUCACUAAAAGUGUUACUAAGCAGCAAUGUAAACUCUGCCUUUUUUCUGAAAAGGCAGUGUUUACACUGAAAGGUCUGCAGGGACAGGCUAUAGACACCAGAACAACUACAUUACACUGUAGUGGUUCUGGUGACUAUAGCAUCCCUUUAAGGAUUGCAUUUUUCUUGUUGAAAAUUAAACUUUGUUACUUUAAAACAAAAAAAAACUGGCUCCUAGAUUUCAAAAAAUUUGCCUAGCCCUGGAUUACUGUAAUUCUCUCCGAGUUGGUCUCCCCAGAAGCUAUAAUGCCCCAGCACAAUCUGUAAUGAAUGCUGCUGCCAGGCUGAUCUUUCUCACCUGUCGCUCCUCCCAUACCUCACCCCUCUGUUGAUCUUUACAGUGGCUUCCUGUAUCCUAUAGGUGUCAGUUCAAGAUACUAACCCUUACGUAUAAAGCUCUAAACUCUAGCUGCUGUUAUAUUUCUUCAGUGAUUCGUAGGUAUGCCCCUUCUCAGUCUCUAUGUUCUGCUGGUGACAUUCUCCUGCAGGACGUCUUACUGGCGUCUUCUUUACUUGGGAACAGCCUGCCUACCACCAUCAGACUCUCCCCUAGUCUAUCAUUUAAGAAGUUCCUCAAAAUGUAUCUGUUAAAUGCUUAUGACCUCCCAGAGUAACUUCUACGUCACAUAUCUGUCUCUUGCUCUCACCUAAAGAGUCACACUCCAAUCUCACCUUCCAAUUCUGCUACUUUUCCACCUUGUUUGUUUGCUCUCCCCUUUGAUGCUUUUUCUACUGUCUCUUUAUACUCCACUCCUCUAGACUGUAAGCAUCAAAAUAAGCUGUAGCUUAAUGAAUUGGUUUUCGUGUAUAGAUGCCCAUGCAGACUGGCUACUCAAUUCUCUGCCAUUAAGGAGUUAAAUCACUUUUGUUUCUGUCCAUGUAGACCAAGCCUCACCUCCCAUGGCUGUGAAUUACUCAACCUGCCUGGAAAAAGGUUUUAAUUUCAGAUGUUAACAAACUUUAGAAGUUUGCAUCUCCUGCUAUGUAAAUUUAAAGAGACACUGAAGGCACCCAGACCACUUCAGCUAAUUGAAGUGGUCUGGGUGCUGUGACCCUUUUGCACUUGGUGCUGCAAUGUAAAACAUUACAGUUCCAGAGAACUGCAAUGUUUACAUUGCAGCUCCAAGUCUGCCCUCUGUGGCUGUCUAACAGACAGCCACCAGAGGGCUUCCGGAAUUCAAACUGACUUUUCGUCCGUUAUCUGACGCUGGACGUUCUCAUGGACCUCCAGCGUCAGAUCUUCCACAUAGGAAAGCAUUGAAUAAUUAUUUGCUAUGGGGAGAUCUGAUGCGCGCGCAGAGGGACAUCGGCACUGGAUACAGGUAAGUGUUUUCCUGGCACCAUAGGAUCCCUUUAACUUUAUUCACAGGAGGCUCCUACAGGUUGUAGAAGGCUAUUAACAGUGAAGGAGAUAAAAAUAAAAAAAAAUUCAGAAUUAAAGGGUUAGUCCUACCACCAUGGCAACUUCAGUGUUUUGAAGUGGUCAUGGUGGAAGGAGUAUGUAUGUGUGCAGUGUUUCAGCUUGAAAUACUGUGUAUACUAUGUAAGCUGCACUUUUGUGCUGGUUGCUUGUUACAUCCCCAGCACACAUGACCCUCCCUGACCCAGAGUGUGAGAUAUGAGUGCAUGUGCUUUGAGCUGUGAAACAACUGCUUCUAUAUGAGAAGUCUCUGAUGAGACCUCGUGCAACUGCCCAGGUAUGGAAAGCAGUGGGACCUAAUGUAUAAUGUCCAAUAAAUAGGACAUUAUACUCGCAACCUACUUUUCUAGCCUACCCUUACCUUUUGUGUCACUUGUGUGUACCCCACUCCUUCUAGCAUGUAAGCUCAUUGAGCAAGGUCUUCAAUCCCUCUUUUCCUGUUCUUCCAGUUUGUAUUGUUACAAAUACUUGUCUGUUAGUCCACCCAUUGUACAGCACUACAGAACUUGUUGGUGCUUUAUAGAUAAUAAUUAAAAUAAACAGAUUUAUGGAAAAAAAAAGUUGGAGUAUCCCUUUAACCCCUUAAGGACACAUGACAUGUGUGACAUGUCAUGAUUCCCUUUUAUUCCAGAAGUUUGGUCCUUAAGGGGUUAAACCAGGCUUACCCAAACUCCGGCCCUCCAGAUGUUGCUGAACUACAACUCCCAUGAUUCUCAGCCUAUCUCUUUCAUUCAUAGAAUCAUGGGAGUUGCCGUUCAGCAACAUCUGGAGGGCCAGAGUUUGGGGAAGCCUGGUUUAAACUGUGCAAUAAAAGAAGUGUAAACAUUAGAUCUCACUAGUGUUUAGGAAGGUUGUGUAAGUCACAUGUAGGGAGAUGUGUCUCCCAAAUGUCAGAGCAAUGAGACUGCAGAGGCAUGAUCUAUACAUUAAAACUAAUAAUUUAGCUAAAGUUGUUUUGGUACAUACAAAGGGACACUGUAGGCACCCAGACCACUUUGGCUAAUUGAAGUAGUCUGGGUGAUGUGUCCCUUUUGCAGUUAGCGUUGCAAUGUAAAACAUUGCAGUUCCAUAGAAACUGCAAUGUUUACAUUACAGCUCUAAGUCUGUCCUCCGUGGCUGUCUAACAGACAGACAGCCAAUAGAGACCUUCCUGAAUUGAAACAGAUCUUUGUUCUGGUAUCUGACGCUGGAUGUCCUCACACUCUGCAUGAGGAUCUCCAGCAUCAGAUUUUUCCCUAUAGGAAAGCACUGAUUCAUUGUUUUCUUAAGAGGACGUCUAAUACGCGCGUUUCAUUUGCCAUGGAUGUGCAUUAGACCCUUCUCGUUGCAAGAAUGAGGAGAGGGCGGAGCUGCGACCCAGCGCCGAGGGACAUUGGCGCUGGGAAAAGGUAAGUAAAUAGUGUUUUCAACCUUUUAUUUACUGGUGAAGGAGGCAGGGGGAAUGGUAGUGCCAGGAAUACAGCAUCCCUUUAGUGCUGCUCUCUGCCUCCACUGCUUCCGACAGAGAGCCAAAAGCUCUCUGUCUGAGCUAUGCCUGGUGGUGCAGAGAGUAGCUCAUUGGCUGAUUUGGAGUGUGUCUUUACUUUAGCAUGGGAAAAUAACAUAUGUCUGUCCUCUAACUCUGGCUUUACACAGCAGGGAACAGAGUUGUCCUGCAAAGGGAUUGUAAAUGGGAAUGGAAGUGACUACAACAAUUAGUUACAGAAACCAUUUUGCCAUCCAUCUAUAUUGCAGAAACCCUUACUUAUUCAUAUUUAAAAAAAACAAAAAAACUUUUUUUAUUGCAUUCAUGGAUAUUUUGUUCUUUACAGAUAGAAGUCCAUAUCGGCCAAACCAGGGACUAAUCAAAAAGAGAAGGCUGGAACCUUGA